UCAUUUUUAAUUGGUAUACCAUACCAAGCAGGUAGGUAUGUAAAAGAGAAUUGACAAAAUGAGCAAAAUACCGUUAUUAAUAUUAUUCAUAGUGUUCACUUGUAUUUCAUAUACAGUUUUUUGUAAAGAAGAGUUACAUACCAAAAAAAAUCUACAACGACAUGAAACAAUAUAUAGAAGAGAUAAACAUACUUCAGAAAAAAAAUAUAAGCAAAAAGCUGAUAAAAGGUGUUUACCUGAACAUUGUCAGCUUGUUUGCCCUCUGCAGCCUCUCUCUGGAUAUCCAAUAAAACCUCCCACUUCUCCACAAAAGCCUCCCUCUGGAGCUCCAAUAACACUUCCCACUGCUCCGCAAAAGCCUCCCUCUGGAUAUCCAAUAACACCUCCCACUGCUCCGCAAAAGCCAGGUGGCUUAAUACCUCAGGCAAUCAAUGGGCUUAAUCAAUAUUUUGGAAGACGUUUAUCAGAUUGGACGGGAGGAAAUAGAAACCAAGAGCGUAAAAAAUCCGUAAAAAUAAAGCUUACAAAAAGGCAACGACGUAUUUUUUAUAAGCAUAUAAAAUUGGGCACUCUGAAGUCUAGAACUAGUUCCAAAUUUAGAGAAUUUAGUCCAAUGGGAUGUUAUAUACAGUGUGGAAACUAUGGACCUUUGAAUCCUGGUAUAGCUACAGCAGGUACAAGUAAACCAGGUGACACUGAAGAAGGUGGUGAAGAAGACGACGAAGAAGGUAGCGAAGAUGAUAAUGAAGGAGAUGAUGAUGAAGAUGAACCGUAUCAUGACGGUGAAGACAAGCCAAUAGAGGCAACAGUUUCUCCACCUGAUAAAAAAUCACAAGUUAUAUCAUUCGGAGAUCUUAAUAAUGAAUUAUUGGAAGAUCGGAAGAAACGAUUGAAACAAAAAACUUUUAAGCAAAGAGAUAAUCAUUAACAGGAGAUUUAAAUUUGGAUAUUGCCAUUAUCUUUGGAUACUAUCAUCUUCCUUAGUAGUUUUAUAGUGUAGUAAAAUUUUGACCGGUAUUAGGAUAACUUAUAAUGAAUGUUAAUAUUGAUCUAAAUGUUCUAUAGUUAUAAGUGUUACAUUUAUCAAUCAUAAUAAUAAUUAUCAAUAAACUAUUCUGCCAUAAA